AGAUCAUCUUCACCCCACAUCUCGGACUUCGGACAUUCCCCACCCCCACCCCCACCCUCGCAACAGCCCUCACAGACCAUGCAAUCGCUCCCGAUCCUCCGCGACGCCCUGCGAGCCCAUUUCGCGUCGCACACACCGUGCCAAUUCCCGCGCGGAGCCUUCGCGGCGCUCAUCCCGGCCAACAAAACCUGGUUCUCCGCCACGGGCGCCCUCAAUCUCGACUUCUUCCAACGCACGCUGUCGGAGCGGGAUCUCGCGACCCGCAUCACCGUCGAGUCGAGCACAUCCACGACGUUCGAGCGCGUCUCCGUCCCGUUCGAGCUCCUGCUGCACUACCUCUCCUUGCCAGAACUGCCACCGGGCCUGCCAGAACUCUACCUCGCGCAGACACCGCUGCUGGAGCUGAUCCCCGCGCUGAAGGAGUCGAUACCUACCCCCGCUAUCGUCGAGGAAACGGGAAGAGGCGAUGUAUACGCUACGAACUUGUGGCUGGGCCGCUGCGAGAGCAUAAACACCCCGCUACACAAGGACCCGAAUCCAAACCUGUUUGUGCAGAUAGCAGGGAGAAAGCGUGUCAGGAUGUUUUCGCCGGCGGUGGGGAAGAAGUUGAUUGGCAGCGAUGUGGCAAGGUUUAGGACUGAGGAGGAUAUGAUGCUAGGAGAGGCCCGGAAGAGACUUGAGGAGGUCGUGUGGGGUGCUCAUGAUGGCCAGGAUGAGGCGUAUGAAGUUGAGGUCGGCCCGGGUGAUGGCUGCUUCAUCCCGACGGGAUGGUGGCACGCGGUGAAGGGUGUGGGCAGUGGCGUGGGUGCGAGCGUUAACUGGUGGUUUCGGUAGUGCCGUCGUAGUGAUAUCGAUACACCAACACCAAGCGGCUGAUACUCGUUGUCGUGAUUAGACCUCCGGAAGUCUGCAGAAGACUCACAAUCCUGAAGGCCCUGUAUGACGUAUCUGUGGGGACGGCAAUAGCCUCUCCGACGAACCGUACGAUUAGUCUAUGACGCUGGAUCUGAGUACCUAUAUCCUACUUCAGAGUAUCACCCCUCGGAUCGAAUAAGCAUGUAUACCUAUUCAGGG